ACGUGUCGUGGAAUCAACUUGUGUCUUACCACGUCCAGUACAAUAUGUCGACAAUGUCUCGCCUCUCCAACAGCUCCAUCGCAGCCUUGCAGCCUACGGUCCCAUCCACAAUUGCAUGGCAGACGAACGCCUCAACAAACCUUCGUCCAGUACCACCGCUCAAGAUCUUCCCCUCAAUCGAGGAAUUCGUGCGCCGCCACAAAGAGGGCACCGAGGCCGAGUUUGCAGCAGAGCAAAAGCGAGUCGACGCGAUCAACAAAGAACAGCUCAAGUUCAAGGCUUGGGUGCUCUUGAAGGCCCGCCAGACGGCCAAGCGGUCUGAAUACUUGGUCAUCGUCGAUCCCGGUAAAGACGAGCGCAAGAUCGCCCAGCAAGGCGAACCCGCCAAAUUGAGGAUUGUCUUCAACGACGAGUCCGUUACCCGGUUCUUUGACGCACGAAGAGUCGAGAGCCCGAUGUUGCUGGCCAGCGGCAGUACCGCAUCGCUGGGGAACACCGCCAUCACAGCCCGCAGCCUUGAAAAACUUGCUUUUUUUCAAGUCACUAUCCACGUCGCCGAAGCGCACCACGGCAAAUCUGAAGAAUCGACUCUUCCGCCCUUAGCAACGGAUCUUCUGUUGGGAGACGAUAACGCCGUCCGGGUCAACUUCCUGUUGACUGCCUCGGACGUGACAAAAAAUGCGGAGCUCGCGGCCAUUAACCAGCUAUACGGCAGACAUGUUGGGGCGACAGAGCGACAACUUCAAGCGUUCGAGUACUUUGUACUCUUCCGCAACCCGAGGUUCGUCGUUAACCUCCACGAACGAAUUCCACACAUGGCUACUGCGAUGCGGGAGCCUUUGUGGCCCGGUUCACGGCUAGCUAAAAGCUACGAGAGCUUGAACUUUGCUCAAAGGCUAGCCUACAUUGGGUUUCGGAAUCUCCGAUGUGGGAUUUGCAUCCUGCCUGGCUGUCCUGGGGCGGGCAAAACUCACUUUAAUCUCUUCACGAUUGCCAUGGCGCAAUCCCGACCGCUCCCGACCCCCGUCCGGGUGGGUCAUCGCCUAGAGAAGCGGUGCGCAAAGGUCCUGUACAUCGUAGACAUGAACAGCCCGGUCGAUGAUGUGGCGAACCGCGCCGUUCGCCUUUAUGAGGAACUCGGUAUGACCAAAUCGGUCAUCCGCAUGAAGGGCUGGGGCGCCGAGGUGGCCCUGAGCAACCGCCUGAAUGCCGCGGAAGAUGCGGCUUCUGGUGAUCCGAUCACGGUAGACUUCACAAAUCAGUUUCUCCGAACGGCGAACCUGAUGUUGCUGGGUCACGGUUCAGGCAACACAAGGAGCUCAUGCAACGCCCCAAGUCUAGAUGAGGCAGCGUGGCAAUAUUACGAUUCUCGUAAGGAGACGCAGUACGAGGAGCUCACUAAGUUCCUUAAGGGGGAGCUUUGGGAGGAAAACGAGGUGAUCCCGUUGCGCUUCCGCCGCUGCGUCUAUAACCUUUACCGCGACACCCUUGCCGCGGCCGACUUCAUCGCGACCACGCCUGUCGCGGCGAGCAACCACUUCCGCGGGCUCUUUAAGCCGGAUUUAGUGUUCUUCGACGAAUCGCCGCAUGCCCGGGAGCUCAGCAAUCUGAUCGCGAUUGCAAACUUCAAUCCGAUUGCCUGGGUUUUCUGUGGCGACUACCGGCAGACCAUGCCGUACGUUGGGUCCGAAAGCCCGGGCUGCAGGAACGUCUACCGGGGCCAGAUGCAAAUCUCCAUGAUGGAGAGAGCUGCCGCGGCCAACAAGGAAGACCCGUUUUGCGCCAUCCAGCACGAGUUGUUCAUCAACCACCGUGCGUUUGGCGGUUUGGAACAGCUGGCCUCCCAACUCUGGUAUGAUGGCAAGAUGAAGAGCGCCCAUGGCACACGGACACCAGCCUCGCUCCUCUAUGUCCGGAAAUUCCUGGAGAGAUAUAUGGAUUAUUGGAGCUGUUGCACUGUACCGCGUCUGUUGGUUCAUGUCAAAGACUGCGGUCCAGAAGGCCGAGACGGCACGUCGGCGUGGAAUCCCACGCACGCCGCCUGGGUGAUGGCUCGGGUCGGCGAGCUACUCAAUGACAAGGAGUUCAAGCAGGCGGACCGGGAUGAGCCAGGGACGGUAUUGAUCAUUUCGCCCUACAGGAAGGCCUAUCGGGAGUACAAAAACGCAAUCAAAAAGCUCCCGCAUUGGGCCCAGUCCCGUGUCGAGACACGGACAGUGGAUGUCGUGCAAGGCCACGAAGCGGACUUCGUUUUCGUGGACCUGGUAAAGGAGGUACCCACCCGAUUCGUGGACAAUGCGAAUCGGCUUUGCGUCGCCCUGACCCGGGCACGCCAGGGAGAGGUGGUACUGAUGCACCCCAAGAUGGUGCAAGCGCCAGAUUUCCGUCGCACCACAAACCUAAGACGCAUAUACGACUUGUGCGUAGAGAAACAACAAGUUGUGUAUGUGGAGAAGGAGUGGACCACCGCCACGGUCCUCGGCCGCCAACCAAAGUCGCCCGCCGAGUCUACGGCGACGUCCCCCGCUACCGCGACGUCCAUGGUGACGUCUGCGGUCAGCAUGUCGGACCGACCGAUGUCACACGCCCAACCAGUCACGUCUCCCAACAAAGACCUUGCCACGUCCAUCCACUCCAGCACCACCUCCACAACCAGCGGUACUGGGAAGCCGGGAUCAUGCGCUCCAGAGACUACGAUUGCACCUACCGUUGCGGUCAACUAUGAGCCGACAUCACCCGCCGGAAAUGAAGCGGGACCCGAAUCCUUGGUCUCGGAACUCGGCCGCGAUAUGGAGAGGAAGCUGGUCAUCCGCGAAGUCCAUACUCGGGACGUGGGAAAGGAUGAACAAGUGAAGAAUGAGGAAGCGAAGAACGAGGAAGCGAAGAACGAGGAAGCGAAGAACGAGGAAGCGAAGAACGAGGAAGCGAAGAAUGAGAAAGCGAUGAAUGAAGAGGUUGAAGGAGCGCUUGAAAAAGUCGAACUUGUUGAAGACUCGGUCGCGGUUACCACCACAUUCCCUUGGGAGAAGGCCGUUUCUGAGCACCCGUGGACGCGUUCCCGGGGUUCUCGAGCCACGGCUAUUGCAUAGGAGGAUUGGAGGAUCAUGGUCAAUGUUUGUUAGGAGUUGGGGGUGCAUUGGGAAAAGGAUUUCAUGUGAUAAUAUGGAUUUGAGGGCGGGUCAGGCUGGUGUUUCUGUUUUACGGUAAUGGGUGCUGGUGGGAAGGGAGCACGAGCGUCUUUCUAGGGUUCCUGUUGAUGGCAUUUGAGCCGCGGAUAUUUCUCCUUCCAUGUAACUGGAACGAGGUUCAGGGUACCCUCUAGACCAUUGACGACUGGCAUGUUCAUACAUUUCUGGCAGUUUAGUGAGAUUGUGUUUCCAAUGACGUACCUAAUCCUCCC